CACAUUUCUCUGGAAGCAUUGUUUGACUUAUGUUUGCACAAGCGGUUUGAAGUAGCGGAAAAGUAGAUUGCCUACAUCAUCAAGAGCGCGGCAGUGUCAUAUCACAGUUCAGAUUAUCUUCCCGAUCUCCCUAUAAAAACCCGAGAAUUAUGUAGGAAACACAACAGUUUGCGAUAAGACGUUUUAUCAUGAAGUUUAUCGUAGCAGUUGUGUUAUUGGCUUUGACGAAAUCCUCACAGCAGGUGGAUUACUGUAGUUCCUCGCUAUGUAAGACCGGUACUACGCAUAUUGCUUGUAAUGGGUUAACCACCCUGUCGUCUACCUGUGGCACUGGAGCGCAGGAGGUAGUUUUGAACUCCACCAAACAGGAAUUGAUCCUGGAUUUGCACAAUCAGCUUCGCAGUAAAAUUGCUACCGGAAAGCAGAACUAUUCCACAACGUUCUACCCGCAAGCAGCCCGUAUGGGAACGAUGGUCUGGAGUUCCGAGUUGGCCAAUAUCGCGGCUGCCAACGCACGUCGAUGUGUGUACGGUCAUGAUAAGUGCCGGAACACUGCGACCCUGAAAACAGUAGGACAAAAUAUUGCCAGACAAUAUUACUACGGCAUGAACUUUACCGAUACCGAUCUGAUCAAAGGGUUCGUUAAUGCUUGGUAUGCAGAGGCCGCAAAUGGCAACAAAGACAUAAUCGCUAGCUAUCCGGAUAAUUACACGGGUCCCGUCGUUGGACAUUUUACUCAGGUUGUCGCGGACCGUGCAACUCAAAUCGGAUGUUCGCUCGUGAGCUAUAUCACCUCGCCAUGGACCAAUCAGUUAUUUGUCUGUAACUAUGCCAUCACAAACAUUAUCGGACAGCCCGUCUACCAAACAGGGACAAAAUGUUCCAAAUGCACGACUGGCUGUAAUGCCAAAUAUGACGGAUUGUGCAGUCUGAAAGAAGUUAUAAAUUCGAAUCCUUACUAGAGAACUUAUUGUUGUGCGUUGAUACUUCGAUUUUUGAAUAAAAAUAAA